GAAAGAGAGAAGUAGAAGUAAAUCGAAGGAAGAAUCGGAUGCAAUCAAGUCAAAAUGGUUAAUACCUCCACAAUAAAACUCACCAUUCAUUUUGGUCUAUGAAGAAAAAAGAUGAAGAUUACACAUACAAAGGAGAGCUGGGUUCUCACAGCGUGAAUUGGAAAGUAUCAGACAUUACUUAGAAACUAUUUGAUGACUUCUGCAGGCUUGAUGCAAUUGCAUGCUCCAAUUAGGUUCAUAUGGUAUAAAGAGGCUGGGAAAGAGAUGAAGACCGUCAAUUACGUCUUUGAUGAUAGUCACGAAGACAUGUUUCCGUUGUUUAUGUUAGGGCAAAUUUUGCGGGAGCUUGAUAUCUAUGUGGAACAUGACAUUUCAGAAAACAGUGACACUGGAGUGAUUCAUUAUCUACCAAGUAGUCAACGUGAAGAUCUUCAUUGUGAUGAGGACCCAAAGUUCAGUUCAUAUAAUGAAGAAAGGGAGAAUGUAAAGUACAUGUCAGAUAGUGAUGUAGAUGUCAAGAGGUCAAAAGAAGAUGAAGAACCUGAGCAAUCUGAGGAUGAAAGACAUGAUGAAGGAUAUGAUGCUGAGGGUGAAGAUCAAGAUCAGGCCGGCGGUGAGGCUGAGUUUGAUGAUAAUUUGGCGGAAGGUAGAGAUGCGAAUGUGUCAGCUGCAGAGGUAAAUGGAAAUGAGAACAGAAAUCAGGUUGAUGAGGGAGAUGAAAUAAUUUUAGAUGCUGGUGAUGGAGCUAAUGAUGAUCGUUUUAAGUCAGUAUUUGAGGAAGGUUCGACGGUUAUACCAGAUAGAGAAACAUAUAAAAAUACUGAUGAAGAAGAUGCAAAUGAGAGAGAAGCAGCAGAUAGUGAUGAAGAAUAUGUUUUGGAGGAGAAUGCACAUUAUCCGGAUACACCAGUAGAGUCAGAGGAGGAAUGGGAACAAUGGGCUAAUCCCAAACGACAAAAAUGAGAAAGCAUAGAGGGAAAGACCAGUUUCAUGGGGAUUUGGAUAAAGAGCCAUACAUAUUGUUAUUUCAGAAGUUUAAUAGUGGAUUAGAGUUUAAGGAUCAGUUGUUGCAGUAUGCAUUGAAGACCCAAUAUGAUGUGAAGAUAGCUAAGUCAGAAGCAAAUAGGAUAGCUGUUAUCUACAAUGCGGAUAAGAAUAAGGAUGAUAAGAGGAAGGAGGAUAAGAGGAAGGAGGAUAAGAGUAAGAAGGGUAAGAGUAAGGAGGAUAAGAGUGAUACGAGCAAGUGUAACUUCAGAGUCCUUUGUUCUUAUGAGAAACCUAUUAACAAAUGGAUGAUGAAGGUUUGUCACAUGCAUCACAAUCAUCAGAAGACAAGCAGGGUUUCAAUGUUGAAACAAGGUGUCAUUGCUGGGUUAUUUAAAGAAGAGAUCAGAAGAAACAUUGGCUUGCCUGCAGCCGAGAUUAAGGAUGCAAUAAAGGACAGAUAUAACAUUGUUCUAGACGACAAUCAAGAUGAUCCUAUACGCUAUGUUGCUGAGUAUUACUACACUCGUGUGCUGAAAAAAACGUAUGCGGAAAACAUCAAACCGAUGAAAUUAAUGUAACAUAACA